GGGCGGGUCACGUGGGGGCGGCGGGGGCGGCGGGAGCGGCGGAGCGGAGCGGCCAUGAAGCACUACGAGGUGGAGAUCCUGGACGCCAGGACCAGGGACAAGCUGUGCUUCCUGGACAAGGUGGAGCCUCAGGCCACGGUGGCCGACAUCAAAAACCUGUUCAGCAAGAGCCAUCCCCAGUGGUACCCAGCGAGGCAGUCCCUGCGCCUGGACCCCAAGGGGCGCUCUCUCAAGGACGAGGAUGUGCUGCAGUCGCUGCCCGUGGGCACCACGGCCACGCUCUACUUCCGGGACCUGGGGGCGCAGAUCAGCUGGGUCACGGUGUUCCUGACGGAGUACGCCGGCCCCCUGCUCAUUUACCUGCUCUUCUAUUUCCGGGUGCCGUUCCUGUACGGGCCCCGCUACGACUUCACGGCCAGCCGGCACCGCGUGGUGCACCUGGCGUGCUGCUGUCACUCGUUCCACUACGUCAAGCGGCUGCUGGAGACGCUGUUCGUGCACCGCUUCUCGCACGGCACCAUGCCCCUGCGCAACAUCUUCAAGAACUGCACCUACUACUGGGGCUUCGCUGCCUGGAUGGCGUACUACAUCAACCACCCGCUGUACACCCCGCCAGCGUACGGUGACGAUCAGGUGAAGCUGGCGCUGGCCGUGUUCCUGUUCUGCCAGCUCGGGAACUUCUCCAUCCACGUGGCCCUGAGGAACCUGCGGCCGGCGGGCUCCAAGACGCGCAAGAUCCCGUACCCGACGCGGAACCCGUUCACGUGGCUGUUCCUGCUCGUGUCCUGCCCCAACUACACCUACGAGGUCGGUUCCUGGAUCGGUUUCACCAUCAUGACCCAGUGCCUGCCCGUGGCGCUCUUCUCGCUGGUGGGGUUCGUGCAGAUGGCGAUCUGGGCUCAGGGCAAGCACCGCAGUUACCUGCGCGAGUUCCGCGAUUACCCGCCCCUGCGCUCGCCCAUCGUGCCCUUCCUGCUGUGACACCGCCCUGGGGACAGCCCCCAGUGUCCCCUUCCUGCUGUGACACCGGGGGGACACCCAGGGGACAGCCCCCAGUGUCCCCUUCCUGCUGUGACACUGAGGGGACACCGAGGGGACAUCCCCCAGUGUCCCCUUCCUGCUGUGACACCGCGAGGACGUCCCUCAGUGUCCGCUUCCUGCUGUGACACCGAGGGGACAUCGAGGGGACAGCCCCCAGUGUCCCCUUCCUGCUGUGACACCGCCGGGGGGACACCACAGGGACAGCCCCCAGUGUCCCCUUCCUGCUGUGACAGCAAGGGGACACCACAGGGACAGCCCCCAGUGUCCUCUUCCUGCUGUGGGGACACUGCAGGGACAGCCCCAGAACAUCCCCCGUUGUCCCCUCCCCAUCCUGGGGACACCUUGGGGACACCUUGGGGACACGGUGCUCUCUGCUGUCCCCUCCCUGCUGUGACACUGUGGGGACACCGUGAUGUGUCCCCGCCAGUCCUGCCCUGAGCCUUGGGCACAGAGAGGGGCAGGGGACAUGAGCCCCUUGUCACCCUGGUGUCACAGCAGGACACGGCAGUGUGGCCACACCGUCCCUUGUCACCUCCAGGGUGCCAGCCCCGGUGGCAGUGUCACCUCCAGGGUGGCAGUGUCACCUCCAUGGUGGCAGUGUCACCUCCAGAUGCCAUCCCUGGUGGCAGUGUCCCCUCCGUGGUGGCAGUGUCACCUCCCUGGUGGCAGUGUCCCCUUCUCGGUAGCAGUGUCACAUCCAGGGUCCCAUCCCCAGUGUCACCUCCAUGAUGGCAGUGUCCCCUCUGUGGUGGCACUGUCCCCUCCACGGUGGCCGUGUCACCUCCAUGGUGGCAAUGUCACAUCCAGGUUGGCAGUGUCACCUCCAGAUGCCAUCCCUGGUGUCCCCUCCAUGGUGGCAGUGUCCCCUCUGUGGUGGCAGUGUCACAUCCAGGGUGGCAGUGUCCCCUCCCUGGUGCCAUCCCCAGUGGCACUGUCCCCUCCACGGUGGCAGUGUCACCUCCAUGGUGGCAGUGUCACAUUCAGGGUGGCACUGUCACCUCUGUGGUGGCACUGUCACAUCCAGGCUCCCAUCCCCGGUGUCCCCUCCCCAGUGGCACUGUCACCUCCAGGGUGCCAUCCGUGGUGUCCCCUCCCCAGUGGCAGUGUCGCCUCCAUGGUGGCACUGUCCCCUCCUCGGUGGCAGUGUCACAUCCAGGGUCCCAUCUCCAGUGUCACCUCCAUGGUGGCAGUGUCACCCCCAUGGUGGCACUGUCCCCAGCAGCACUGUCCCCGUCACCCCAAGCCACCCCUGGUGACACCGCGGUGUCACCCCCCGUGUCCCCUGCCCAGUGCCACCCCCUGUCCCUGUCCCCGUCCCCGCAGGUGACAAUAAAUGCCAUCCCCCCCUC